AUGUCGUCUUCUGCUUUCGAUCUCACUCCCGACCAGUUAGGUCGCUGCCAGCAUGCCGCCUGCAUCGACCUCUGUGUCUGCUUCAUCCCCGAGACUGCUCGACGCGGUGAUGCCGAUAAUCCCGCUCUCCUCCCCCUUAUCCUCUGCCUCGUAUGUGGCCACUACGCCGCGUUUCACAAAAAGGCCCUUCCAGCGGCUAAUCCACGCCCACCGCCCGUUCCGUCGAACCCUCCGUCCUCUACCACUCCAAAACACGACACUACGCUUCCUCCUCCAAUCCCACCCGAUCCAGUACAGCCUCGUGACCCUGGUCAAAAGCCCGCCGUGUCAUCUUCCCACAGCACAUCGCAGGCAACACCGACCAUGCAGACUCUCUUCGGUUCUCGUCACCACACCGCUGAAACUGCUUACGCUCAUCCCAACCCUUCCUCUACCCCCACCGCUCCGAACCUCGGCAACACGCACGCCUUCAAGACCAUGGCCCAGCUCAGGCAGGAACGUGAAAAGGUUGGCUUAUUUGAACCGAGCGCUGGUCGUCCGUUUGACCCCGCCGCAGAGACCCAUGCGAAAUCCGGCGUUAGCGAAGCACCCAAGAACAACAAGUCCAAAAAACAUGGUCGUUCCUUCGCUCAGCCCAAAACAGCCUCUCAAGCCGAGCCUUCCUCAUCGAAGACAUCGAAGGCCUCCAAAAACGCAUCUACGGGGCCCGAUAGUAUCUUCACAGUCGUUCUUGUACCAUGGACCGUCAUGGUACAUGAAUUGCGAUGCAAGGUUUUGAAUCUCAAUGGUCUUGCUGAGAUGAAUCGUCUCGGCUUCGCCGUCACGGUUGCUGUACCCUCUGGUGCCAACGCAGACGUUGUUCACGACCUCAUCAACUCCCGGUUCCAGCAUGUACCAGAGUUCGCCGCUGCCCUCGACGCUAAUCAAGCCGAACAAAACACCGACCAUCCUUCUAAUUCCUGGGUACUUCUUUCUCCGGAGACUAGGGGACAAGGCGACCGUAACGGUACCAUCCUCAAGCCUUUCACCUCCCAUACUCGUGUGGACUAUUGGUUGCUCAUGAGAACCGCUGCCGCUAGCAAACCUCGUAAUGCCGCUGCGGCAUGGAAAAAUCUCGUUUAUAUCUCUCUUUCUGAGGGUUGUCUCGAUAUUCUACCAUCGUCGCUUGACUCGACAUCAGAGACCGACGACUGUAACCGCGACGAAGAUGGCUCUGAUGAUGAUUACCAGACUCCUCCUCCCAAAAAACGCCGUCAGGAUUCGUCUUCCCAACAGAAGAAACCGUCCACUGGCUCCCAGCCUGCAGCAGCAACCUCCGGACCCUCAUCGGAUACCAUCCCGCCGCCGCCUACCGCCAGUGCGACAUAUGGUUCUACGUCGACUGCAUAUACACCCCUCUCCAACGACGACUUCCCACUCAUCUUCGUUAAUUUGAUGCGUGCGGUCCGUAACAUAUCUGCACCCGAAACAGCACAGGAUUAUUGGCCUCGUCAGACGACGACUGGUAGUUUGUUCGCCGAGGCCUACAAGUCUAAGGAUCGUCUUCAAUACUUCUUUGUUCUUCAUCAAGAGGACACACACACUAUCCCUGCGAGCACGGUGUGGCGCAUGGGUGUUCGAAGUAUGGUCGACAACCUAUUGUUCUUGAAUGUCCUAGUCAAUGUAAACGAUCCUGACAUGGCUUCUGCUCUCCACUUUGGGCCAUAUGGUCUCGAUUUCAUCAUUGACGGUCUACGCAUCGCAUUCACCAUCCUGCCAAACGUCGUCUCUCCUGAUCCACCGCCUUCCUCGAUCCUCCUUCUGUGCCACAACCUUCUCGCGCUCGUCAAAAGCUUCAAGGCCGAUCCCGGCACUCCUGGAUACGAUAUUCAUACGCCACCUGGGUUCCGGAACCUCAUUUCGACUCUGAACUCUUUGGAGACUUCGAAAGUUGCAUACUUCUCCGAUGCGGACGAGACAGACUGGAAGAAGCUUUCGAUCUCAAAGUUUGGUUUCGAUACCGAUACACCAGGUGGCCUUCUUAUCUAUUUAGAUAGUGAUUUCGGAUCCGCAACGAAGAAGGAAGACAUGCAUUUGGACAACGUCUAUGUCGGCCAAUGGGGAACUAUCCGCCUCGUUAUGUUCCUACUUAUUCCCUUCCUCGACGACUAUCCAACGGACGACGAAAAUUACAACGUCUUCUAUCAGAUUCUGACGUCCUUCUGUACCAACCUCUCGCAGAAGAUCGAGUCCUACAAAAAGACUAAAGGUAAAAAGCGCGCCCAGGGCGAACGAAGUCAGUUGUUCAAGGACUCAGGGGUCGGUGAAGAAGCGCAGCCCUCAUCCACUCCGGCCGAACCCACAAGGAAGCGUACUCGCAGCACUCGCACCUCCGCUGUUCACGAUCCGUCGGAUAUCGAUGAAGUUAGGUCGGUACCUGAUAAGACGAAGUCCGGUGGUGGAGAAAGGGGUGGUAGGGGUAAGGGUACUCGUAGGGGUAGGGGUGGUCCCCAUGGUAGAGGCCGAGGUCGAGGACGAGGACGGGGCGGUAGUGGUGGAUCCAGCGAGAAGAAUAACCUCUUUCUGUCCACCGAUUCAGAAAUAUCCGACGCAGACUUUCCCACCAGACCCUCCGCAAAAUCGAAUAGUCAUGAAAGUGGCAGUGCAGACGAUUCCGAGGACGGAAGCGAUGAUUCCAAGGGCGAUACCGACAACAGCGACGACGAUGGUGAUGGGGAUGAGGGCGGUAAUGGUACCACCAAUGCUCAUCCGGGGCCGUCUGUUGCUGCCGGUGGUACAAACCUGGAGGAGAUGGGCAGAGAGGAUAGUGUAGAUGCUGAACUCUCUCGUACACCUCCGCCCUGGCAGAGCGAGACACCGAUACCGCAGGCGUCAUCUGCCGAGCUCCUGGCCUAUCUCGCGAAGGUUCGCCAGUUCUUCAAGGAGGGAGAACCUGGCUCGUCUCUCUAUGGUGACAGAAAGCGACCUCCUUCCCCUUCUCGUCCACAACCGGCUGGGUCAUCGUCAGCCCCUGCACAAAACUCGCCUCCAGCUCCCAAGCGUUGUCGUUUAUCCACACCCCCAGCUACUGCCACCACAACUCCCAUCCAACCACAUCCCCCGUCAAUGUCGACCUCGACUCCACCUCCACCGCCGCCGUCGUCGACCGCUCCUCCACCUCCACCGCCGUUUUCGCCGACCGCUCCUCCUUCAGGGUUUAAACCACGCCCACGUCCCCGACCGAUCCCAAGUCCCACAAGCGCUCAUGAUUAUAGCAAAACUUCUUCAUCAUCAUCAAACGCACGAGCCUCACAAAACCAGCCUGACGUCAUCUACGUCUCUAGCGAUAACGACAAAUCGCCCUCCAAGCCAUUUGUUCCGUCUGGUAGUUCCCACCCAGGAACUCGUGGUCGCAAUUCCACCUCCAAUACUUCCACCUCGGCGAAACCAUCUACUCCCACCAAUUCCUCUUCCCCAUCGUUCACGCCGUCUGCUCGUCAUCCCGCCAAUCCUUCACCGUCAACGCCGUCUACGUCUGCUGGUUCUUCAUCUUUGCCGACAUCGAUCACGACACCCUCCCCCGAGACAAUCGCAUCAUAUAGAUCACGUCUCUCGGGGUGGUCGGAGCGUAUAUCUCCUCAGAUAAUGAGUGGCAUCCGUCGUCUUCGUUGGGUUGACUUUCGGGAGCAGUUGGUCAUGCACGUCCCCCAUCCCGACCGUUCUCGUCGUAUCAAUAUGUUAACCGUGGUUAACGCUUCAAGACCACAGCAGAGACGUCUUCUGGCCAGGGUAUACCAUCCGGACAGAAACGUUCAAUUCAGGAUUAGCUUAAUCCCGUUCCUUUCUCUGACCUUCGUGUUGUCUUUUGCGAAUCUUUUGGUGAUGUUUAAUUAA